CCGCAGACGGCGCCCGGCGGCGGCGCGAACAGCUAGGCGGACGGCGGCUCUGGGCUAGGUGCUUGCCGCGACUUCCCGUGCGAGGCCGGGCUGGACCAGGACCCGCAGCCUGGGUGGCGCUGGAGGAUGCGGCCGCGGCCCCGGGUGGCAGCCGCGAGAAAGCUGGUGCUUUGAAGGUCAGCAAGUCAAGUAGCAGGGGUUCAGGAGGGCUCAACACCUUCACAGUGAUGGCAGAGAAGCGGCCUCUGGGGCCCCUGGGGCCUGUGAUGUAUGGCAAGCUGCCCCGCCUGGAGGCAGACCCAGGGCCUGGACAUGACCUGCCCCUCUCUGCUGGUAACCAGGACACCUGCAACUACAAGGGCACCUACUUUUCUUGCCCCAUAGGGGGUACUUCCAAGGCAGGGUCUGAGCGGUUGGCAUCCUGGACCCCAUAUACACCCUUGUACCCGACUGGUGUGGCGGGAUCCCCACUUCGGCCAGACAACUUGUUGACGAACUGCUUGCUCUACCGCCCUCCGACAGAAGGCUCUGAAAAGAUCCAGGACUCCAGUGAGCUCCUGCCCUUUGGUCCCCAGGCUCAUGCAUACCCAGGCCCACCGCUAGCAGCGCCCAAGCCUGUCUACCGCAGCCCUCUGUGUUAUGGACUCUCCACUUGCCUAGGAGAGGGGCCAACAAAGAGGCCAUUAGAUGUUGACUGGACCCUGGUGACUGGGCCCCUGUUGCCCUCAACUGAUACAUCCUGUUCUCUAGCCCCAGCUCCUGGCAAGGGCCAGUCCCUUGAUGGGACAUUCUUGCAUGGGGUACCAACAGGGGGAUCUGGCAAAGAGCCCUCCCUGACUUUUUCCUCGUGCCAGGCAUUUCUGGAGAAGUAUCGAACCAUCCACAGCUCGGGUUUCCUGGCCUCCAAGUACCCAGGUCCUUAUUCUGGGGACCCCAAGCAAGCAAUGUCAGAAGGGCCUUCUAGUCCUUGGACCCAGUUGGCCCAGCCCCUAGGACCACCUUGCCAGGAUGCAGUGCCAGCCCACUAUCCACUGCCCCCACCUCCACAAGCCUUGCCUUGCCCUCCAGCUUGUCGUCACCCAGAGAAACCAGGAAGUUACAGCUCUCUGCUCCCGCUGCCUCCUCUGGGAGCCCACAAGGGGGCUGGUUACCAGGCUGGUGGGCUGGGCAGCCCCUACCUGAGACAACAGGCAGUCCAGACCCCCUACAUGCCACCAGUAGGGAUGGACACUUAUUCCUACUCCUCUGCCCCCAUCCCAACACCUUCACCCGGCCUCAAGCUGGAGCCCCCUCUUGCUCCACGGUGCCCACUAGACUUUGCCCCCCAAACUCUGGGUUUUCCUUAUGCCCGGGACGACCUCUCUCUCUAUGGGACAUCCCCAAGACUUGGGGGAACACCACCCUCCCAGAGCAGUGUGCAGCACGUGCCACAGCCCAGUGCCUUCCAGCGAACAUGCCAACCUUUGCCUGCCAGCCAGCCAUGCUCUGAACCUGUGAGGCCGGUGGAGAAGCCAGUCCGGGAAGCUCAAGAGAAAACUUGGCUGCCCAGCUGCAGGAAAGAGCAGCUCCAACCCAGGUCUGAUGAGCAUCCUGGGGCACCUAUUGUUAUUCGAGACAGUCCAGUUCCCCGUACCUCACCAGCACUGCAUGCCUGUGCUCAGGAGCGCCAGUCUCUUCCACAGAAGGGUUCAAGUUCUCCCAGCUCUCCACCAAUGCCUGUGAUUGACAAUGUUUUUAGCUUGGCUCCCUAUCGUGACUAUCUGGAUGUACAGGCACCAGAAGGCACAGCUGAACGGGACUUGGCCCCAGCCACCAGUAAGAGCCAAGACAAAGAUUGUACAGAGACCUUGCCUGUCCAGGAUGGGAACUCGGAGUCUUGCUGUUCUCUUCGUGAGGAGGUGGCUCUGGACUUGAGUGUAAAGAAGCCUAUGGCAGAGGCUUCCCCUAGCAAGGUCCCUAGUCCUGAGGUGCAUGCUAAACCCACUGCAGCUGUUGAUGGGCCAGGUGUGGAGAACACAGUGUCAGGUCUGCCAGGCCUGAAAAAGAUGGUCACAGAAAUACCUGAAAUACCAGUCACCACAGAGGCCACGCCAAGGACCAACUUCCACAGCUCUGUGGCCUUCAUGUUCCGAAAAUUCAAGAUACUCCGUCCUGCACCCUUACCUGCAGCUGUUGUCCCGUCCCCAUCUACCCCAGCUCCUCCCCCUGCACAGCCUUCACCCAACCCCCCAUCUGUGCCCAUGGGACUGCAGAUUCUCACCCAGCCUUUGCCAGUGGCAUGCUUCAACCUGGCCCUGCCCAGCCCACCAGCCAUAGCUGUGACCUCCCCAGCUCCAGCCCCUGCUCCAGCACCAUCACCAGCUCCUGCCCCUGCUCCAGCUUCAGGCCCUGCUUCAGCCUCUGCUCAAAUUUCCACUGCAGCCCCAGCAGACUCCCCAGAGCAGCACUUUACAGGGCUGCACACAUCCCUCUGUGAUGCCAUCUCAGGCUCUGUGGCCCAUUCUCCACCAGAGAAACUGCGUGAGUGGCUUGAGACAACUGGACCAUGGGGCCGGGCUGCAUGGCAGGACUGCCAGGGUGUGCAAGGGCUCCUGGGCAAGCUGCUGUCCCAGUUGCAGAGGUUUGUGUGCACACAGCAGUGCCCCUUCCCACAUGUGGUGCGGGCUGGUGCCAUCUUUGUGCCCAUUCACCUGGUGAAGGAGCGGCUUUUCCCAAAGCUGCCACCAGCCUCUGUGGACCACGUGCUGCAAGAACACCGUGUGGAGCUCCGACCCACCACACUGUCAGAGGAGCGAGCGCUGCGGGAGCGUGCCCUGCAUGGCUGCACCUCACGCAUGCUGAAGCUGCUGGCACUGCGCCAGCUGCCUGACAUCUACCCUGACCUGCUGGGCUUGCAGUGGCAUGACUGUGUACGCCGCCAGCUGGGUGACUUUGACACUGAGACCAGAACUACAUCCCCAUCAGAAGCCACUGUGGCCAAAGAUGAACCAGAAAGCCAAGCUGUGGCUCGGAAGUCACCAGCCCCCAAAGUCAGGAAACCAGGGAGGAAGCCACCAACCCCUGGCCCGGAGAAAACAGAGACAUCUGGGAGAGGGUCACAUGGUCCCUCACCAAGCCCUGUUGCCAGCACCAAUCCACCCGGUCCCACCCUGAGGGCACGCUUCCGCAGCCUGUUGGAAACUGCCUGGCUCAAUGGCGUGGCACUGCCUACUUGGGGUCACAAGGCCUCAGGACCAGACCGACCUUCGCCUCACCCCCAGCUCCUAGGCAGCCAGAGCCAUCACCUGUAGCACUGAUUGCUAGUGCUGUUGGGGCAGCCUAUAAUCUGGGGACCACUGUGUACCUAUCCUGACAUCCAGUUGCCCUGGGGCCGGGCCCAUCUGACUGGGCAGAAACCGCCUGAACUUUUUUAACUUGAGGGUCUUUGUGAGAAAACCUGUGGGCAUUGGAGCCCAUCCUAUCUGGGCUUGAAUCUUGGCUGCCCUGUUCUUUAUUGCGUGUCUUGGGCAAUUGCUUCACCUCUCGUGAGCCCUCGUUCCCCAUUUGUAGAAUAAGACAACACAGCCUACCUCACAAGGGUUGUGUGGGGAUGCCUGACAUAUACCCAUUAUGGUUUGGUCUGCUCCUUGCCUACAGGCCCUUGACCUCAGCCAAGGUCUGGGAUAAUGAGGCUGAGGCUGGGAAACUUUCUUGUCAAGUCUUUGUGCGUCUUGGGAUCUGGUUACCUUAGGGCGAUACAUUGUACAGAGUGUGUGAUUCACACACACUUUUCCCCAGUCUUCACUGCUGGUGCAGGGACCCUAGCCUGGGGCUGGCCUGGAGUCCACAGGUCUGCUCUGGGCUUGUGCCAUUGACCUACCUGAGUUGCUUCCCACAUCCCAGGAAAGUUGUGUUCUGGAAGCCAAGUAGUUACAGGGACUCAGGGAACUGGACCUGAUAGGCUGUGUCGGCUCAAUGUGAGGAGGUCUCUGAAGAUCCCAGCUGGGGACCCUGGUACUCCCUGAGGCUCUUGUGAGCUAUGCUUCAUGUGGACACCUCCCUGCAGUGGGCUGAGCUCAGCUGAUGGCUGUCAAGCUGUGGUUCCUGCUUUAUUUAAGGGUUUUGAUGAGUCUGGGGGCCUUAGGGGCCAGCUAUUAAAGCAUUUGGGUUGCUUUUGGAACUGGGAACUAGCUUGUGUUUGCGGGGAUGUUGGUUAAUGUUUCAUAUCUGUAGACUUUACCCAUCACCAAUGGGCUGUCCUCCUUGCUUCUACCCAGGAGGUACCAAAGGCCUUUAGCACCUUACUGACACCUUGGCUCUGUUCCUGUAGGCCCUCUUAUAUCUACUGGCCAGCCACUUCCUCAUCCCAGGAAAGACCACCUUGCCAAGACUAUGGAGAGCCUUGGAGACUGGUGGUCUUGUGACUGAGUGAAUCACCAUACCUGUGUGUAUAUCUCCUAGGACUGAGGAUGUACCCACUAUGGUCUGGAACUCUGACCUCACUGUGCUCAUGAUCAUACAUCCCGUUGACCUUAGCUGAUGAGAGGGUUGCUAGGCCUUCCCGCUAACCUCCUCCCUCGCUCCCUUUCUGGGCUCUCUUCUGGACAUUUGCCCAGGUGGUUUCCUGAACAUGGCCUCUACAUGUGUUGGAGCCAGUCUACCAGUACUCAUCAGAACUGACAUGCAGUUACUGUGUGUCCCAACUACACCAGCCCCCUGAGUCAGCCUGUCCUUGAACAGGUCAAGAUUUGAUGUGUGAGCUGCCAUUGUCCUUGUACAAGCCCAAGUUGAUUUUCCUUGUGUGUGAAUCCAUUUCUGUCACCAGUAACACCAUUAUAGACUGCAGUAAGUUUUAAAGAAGAGGUUUAUUUUGGCUCA